UUGGCUUCAGUUUUUUUCGGCUCAGCGCGUGUGCCACAUGCGCUCCCCUUAGGCCAUGAUGCCGACCCUGGCGACGCGAGCACAUGCUGCAGCCCCGUAAAGCGGGACCUGCAGCCAUGCGGCUCGCCACGCGGCUCUUGGUGUUCUUCAUCGGAUUGCAGUUGGCCAAUGCCCAGGCGCAAGAACCAGGGCCCGCGGCCGCCGCUGCCUUCGAUCGUUUCGGGGACGGCGACUGCAUGACCAGUGCCAUGCUUCCGGUCCGCGGGCGCUCGCGGCGGGACAUGGAGCACGGCGCCUGCCGCGCAGUCUGUGACACGGACAACUGCAUUGGUUACAGCUACGCCCCGUGCGAGCGUAUCUGCACGCUGCAUGGUGAGCCUGCGCUUUUUCAAGGCCUGCCACUGCCAGAGCGGUGGAGCACCUUGAAUGGAGGUGGCCUCAUCGCCAGCACCGAUCUGCGCUGCGGCACCAGCUGCUACGUCCGAAAGGCGCCCUGCCCAGGCGGCACGCUCCGCUCCGCGGGCGCCUUUAUGAACUAUGAAUCUUUGACCUAUGCAUUGUCACGGACUUUGGAGUGCCCCUUUCCUCACAAGGGCUCGGUGACCAUCGUGUGCACCUCCACGGGCGUCGAGGUGCAAAGCGGCCGAUGCCUGCGGCCCUGCGACUCAGGGCUUGUCCGGGACGACUUCUUUGAAGUGAAGUACCCUCCCACGCGCCACGGGGAAUUCGGUGCAGGGGAGUGUCCCACAGGGACCUUGGGGAAUAUGACCAUUUUCUGCAAUGACGGCUCGGCCACUUGGGUACUGGGGCAGUGUGGCAUCAACUGCCCUGCAGGGUCUUUGAGAUCGGGAUCUUCAGUGGUCUUCUUCCCAGUGCUCGAUCAUGAGGAGAGAACCAUCCUGGAUUGCCCCAGUGGAUGGACCGGCAAAGUGGGGCUGGAAUGCAUCAAUGAGGACACGUCCCUCAUCAGCGGUGGUUGUAAAAGGCAUUGCGCUGCUGGAAUUCUGAACAUUACCGUAGCAGCGCUUCCAGCACCACCGGUGCAGGGAUUUUUGUCUCACCAGGCCUUGGAGCACGGUCGAGGCAAGCGCUCCGACUGCCAGAGUGACGACGAUAUGCUCACCGGUGGUUUGAUUCUGUUCUGUAACGAUGGCAAUGUGACACCGGACUAUACUUUGUCUGGGGGACCUUGCCGACGUCAUUGUGCUCCGGGAUACAUCGGAACUGGCAUGAGAGGUGUGAGCUAUGGAAAAAUUCCACAUGGGCAGAAUCAAACACUACAGUGCAACCCCGGCUAUGACGGCUACUUCUUAAUUCAAUGUGUGGAUGGCGAAGUCAUCCAUUUGGAGGGCAUGUGUCACAUGGAUUGCAUCGUGGGGACCAUCACAUCCAACACCAUCACACUGCCUCAUGUGGCCAUGAAGCAUGGAGAGAACACCACCGUGGAGUGCCCCAUCGAGACGCACACGGGGAAUAUCACCGUCCUGUGCGAUGAUGGACAGGCCAAGAUGGUGGAAGGCUUCUGCGGAUUGAAUUGCUCUGCCGGAUCGAUCCGUUCCAAUGGGGCACUGGUGCGAUAUCCGGGCAUACCGCACUACGAGCGACUGAACAUUAGCUGUCCCGCUCCUUGGGGCGACAUGAUCGAGUUCCGCUGCUAUGACGGAAGUAUACGCUUCGACGGUGUGUGUGGGCGACAGUGCCCGGGAGGGAGAUUGUCGAAUAACGGUGCAACAGUCUUCUAUGGGAAUCUCAAUCAUUCGGAGGUGGCCAAUUUCAGCUGCGAGACCUUGUUCCAAAGCGAGCUCACCUUCUCAGGUCAGCUGGAAGUGGCCUGUUGGGAUGGUCGCGUGAGCAGCACUGGUGGCCAGUGCUUCCCCGACUGCUCUCGAGGUGAAAUCAACAACAACGGUGCCAGAAUUCUCGUGCCACCUUUGCUAGCCGGUGAGUCGAUCCUCACUCACUGUGAGCCGUCACAGGCCUAUGGCAUGGUGACAGUGAGCUGUUUGGAAGGCUUUCAGCGUGUCACCAGCGGUUCCUGUGGAGAUCCCUGUCCUGCGGGGCCCUUUUCCAAUGUGAACACGCGGCAUACGCCGAUUGAGCUGGAAGAGGUUUGGCACGACACCGGUGUGUGGAAGGACUGUCCGUUGGAUUUGAGCGGUCGAGUCUACAUCAAUUGCUUCGAUCGUAUCCUGCGGGUGCUCGAAGGGCAGUGCGGCGAGCGCUGUCCAGCGCAGCAGAUCACCAUGUCCGGUGGCAACUUCAACAGUCCUCGGUUGGAUCACGCAGAAACCUUUCUUCAACCUUGCCUGGAGCCAUACAGCAGCCACAUCAACUUGACCUGUCACUUCGGUGAUCUUUCGGUGACGAGCAACUGCCAGCUGGGCUGCUUCGCGGGGAGCUUCACGCUUCCGAAUGGUGCCCUCGUCUCUCACCCGAACCUCGUCAGUGGUCAAACAAGCUCACCCGCCUGUCCACCGGGCUUUGUCGGGGAGGUCUCGGUCAUUUGUGUCAAUGGCACCAUGGAGCGUGACACAGGGGCUUGCCAUGCCCAUUGCUCUGCUGGACGCUUUCGGGGGCCGACGGAUUAUGCCAUCAACCACGAGGAGAUCCUGUACAACGAAACCAGCCUGGUGUCCUGUCCCAUUGGCUUUUUGGGUACCUUGCGCCUUCGCUGCCUGGGCACAGUGGUCAUCGACAGUGGCGAGUGCAUGCGGAACUGCAUUGACGGAGUCUUCAGGGUUCGCGAUGGCAUCCUGAUGAACUACCAGGCCAUGGAGCACAACCAGCUCAGCAACGAGAUGAUUUGCCCGCGUGGCUACGUUGGCUCCAUUCGGCUGAGCUGCUUCGAUGGCAACGUCGGGCUGCAUUCGGGAAAGUGCUUUGAGCACUGUGGCAGCGGACAGGUCCAAGGUGCCAGUUACAAUGAUCUGAAUCACGAGGAUUACGACUCAAUUAUUUGCCCAGAGGUCGGCCAGAUUCGCAUUCGUUGCUUUGAUGGCGAGACCCAAGUCUUAGAUGGAGAGUGUUUGUAUGGCUGCGCGGGGGGCACCUCGAUCGAUCCCAACGGAGUCCCCGUGCAGCACCCCGCCUUCCCGCACGACACCCGCGCCAAUGGCACUUGCAGUCAAUCUGGCGUUGGCCAAGUGGAGCUUUAUUGCAACAAUAUGAAAGUCUCGCUGGUCUCUACUAGCCGGAGCUGCGACAGACAUUGUGAGCCGCAGAUCACUGUGUCGAGGGAUGGUUCCAACAUUUCUGCGCCCUACAUCGAGCAUUUGCAGACGGCCUCACAGCAGUGCCCGAACAGCAUCCCCGGGCUCUUGGCUUUGCGUUGCCAGGACAAUGUCACGACCAUUUUCGACGGCAUUUGCGGGGACAUGAACUGCCGGGCCGGUACCGUCUUUUCCAACGGCGCAGAGAUCCUGCACCCAGCCAUCAACGACAAGCGCCGUGCGGGACCUGGCACCUGUGGCGCCGACUAUCUCGGGGAGCCGGUCUUUGAGUGCAAUGAUGGCAACACCACGGUCCUCACGGUGAACCUCAUCCGCCAGCCACGGAUCCCUGGUGUGGACAAUGUGAGUGAAAUCGGCUCGGAGUACAACUUUACGGAGGAUGAUCGCUUCAAGCUCUGCGGCUGUUGCUUGCCCCCGCCACCCUUGCCCGACGUGGAUGCGCUGAAGGGCUUGGACAGCUUGGUGGUCAUCUACUGGGCCGUGGCAGUCGGAGGCGCGGGCUUGUUAGUGGCCUUUGCUUCAGGAUAUUGGAUCCACCACCAGAGCAAGAAGAAAAAGCUCAGCCAGGUGGCCCCGGCAGCCACGGGCGAGGUGGAGGAUCAGUUGGCGCUCCCGGAGAACUCCUUCGACAACAAUCAGCUUGCUCUCAGGGAUGCUGCUGACACUCUGGCGGAGCCGCCAGAUCCCAACAUGGAUGCUAUGGUCAGACGUCCAAGCAUGGAUGGGCGGCAGUCAUCACAGAUCUCGCUGGCCCAAUCGCUGCCGUCGGAAGCACCAAGACCACAGAUCUUGAAGCCCAGGAGGGAUGGCACCAACAAGGAGUGGCAAUAUUGGUGAUUCGGUCGCCGGUUUUCGCACGCUGGGCUCUGCCAAAUUCUGCCAGACAGGUUUUGGACGGUGAAAGGAUCGGG